AUGACUGAUUCAUCCUCAUAUCAAUAUAGCAUUAAUGAAGGCUAGUAUGAAGCUAAAAUAGGGGAGAAACUGAAAAACAAUUAAUAUUAAAUAAUCAAAUGGUUAGGAGAUGGAACAUUCUCAAAGGUGUGGUUAGCGAAAGAUUUAUUAAGUUCGGUUCAUUAUGCUCUCAAGAUAUAAAGUUCAUAAUAUUCCGAUGCAGCCAUGGAAGAAAUAGAAAUUUUAAAAAUUUUGAAUUAAAAUGAAAAUUCACCUUAAUGGAUUAACAUUUAAAAGAAUUUCAUUGGGAAUUAACCAUCAACGCAUUGUGUAAAAAUGAUUGAUUCUUUUGUUCAUGUUGCUGAUGAAACCCUGUAUUAUUGUGUAGUGAUGGAAAUAUUGGGACCAACUCUAUUGGAUUUAAUCAGAUUUUACGAAAAGAAACAUUCUAGCAUAAGCAUCUAAUUAGGGAAGGAGAUAACCAAAUAAAUAUUGAUUGGAUUGAUUUAUUCUCAUGAUGCAUGCUAAAUUAUUCACACUGACAUAAAACCAGAAAACAUCAUGAUUGAGUUAAAUGAACAAUAAUUAAAGUAGUUAAUUAAUGAAAAUGAGUCUGAAGAGUAGAUAAAAAAAGUUAAAUUGAAUAAUAUAAAUGUUGGCGAUACUUUUGUAUGGAAUGAGAAUGUGAUAAUUAAUGUAAACACUGACCUUAAAUUUAAAUUAGUUGAUUUUGGAAAUGCUUGUCAAACUAAUUAAUAAUUUGAGGAAAUUCAAACUAAGGAAUAUAAAUCUCCUGAAUCUAUUAUUUAAGCUAAAUAUUAAACAAAUACAGAUAUUUGGUCAUUAGCAUGUGUAAUUUUUGAAAUCUUGACAAACAAUUACUUAUUUCAACCAGAAGGAGACACUGAAGAAGAAGAAAUGGAUGAUCUCUUAGCUAUGAUGAUAGAGUUGAUUGGAAUUCCUUCUUAAAGUUUCUUGAAUAAAGGCUAAAGAAGUUCGUUAUAUUUUGAAUCUGAUGGGAAUUUAAAAAGAAUCAAAGAAUUGCAAAAGGUCAAUCUAAGUAGUACAUUAAUUAAAGAAUACAAUUUUGACAAAAAUGAAGCGCAGAAGUUAGAAGAUUUUAUUCUCUUUGCGCUAAAAUGGGAUCCACUUGAGAGGCCAUCUUCUCAAAUCAUGUUCUUUCAUCCUUGGCUUCGAUAAUGA